GCAAGAAAAAACAUCAAAUUGAAUCAAGAUGUUGAAACAGAGGCAUGUUGUGAGAAACUGCCUCCACAAAUGUCUGCUAUACAGAGAUACAAAGAUGUUUAGCCAAGUGAAUGCUUCAUGUAACAAUUUUAUCAGAGUGUCAGAUGAAGUUAGGGAAGCAAUACAUGCCAGAAAGCCUGUUGUAGCUUUGGAAAGUACCAUAAUCACCCAUGGCAUGCCAUACCCUCACAAUUUUAGCACAGCCUUGAGUGUGGAGAGAAGGGUCAGAGAAAAUGGAGCGGUCCCUGCUACAGUAGCUGUUUUGAACGGGAAACUCUGUGUUGGUCUGUGUGAUACAGAACUGAUCUUGUUGGCAGAAAAAAAUUCAAACCUCAUCAAAGUUUCUCGGAGAGAUCUACCAUAUGUCUUAAGUCAGGGUUUAAGUGGAGGAACAACAGUUUCUGGGACAAUGAUUGCUGCACAUCUAGCUGGGAUUCCUAUCUUUGCCACAGGAGGAGUGGGAGGUGUCCAUAGAGGGGCGGAGACAAGCUUUGACAUAAGUGCAGACUUAACAGAACUAGGUCGCACACCUGUUACUGUGGUGUCUUCUGGAAUAAAGUCUAUCCUGGAUAUCCCCAAGACUUUAGAAUACCUGGAAACUCAAGGUGUGUGUGUGGUGACCUUUGGCAAAGACAAGAAUUUCCCAGCAUUCUUCUCACCGGAUAGUGGCUGCUUGUCACCUUACAAUGUGCAAACACACCUGGAAGCUGCUCAGCUAAUUAAUACCCAGCUCAAGUUUGGACUGACCAGUGGAACUCUAGUUGCUGUGCCCAUCCCUGCAGAGUUUGCAGCUACAGGGGAGAUAAUCCAACAUGCAAUUAAUGAAGCUCAUGAACUGGCUAGAAAAAACAACGUAACUGGCAAGGAAGUCACACCUUACGUCCUGAAGACGAUAAAUGAAUUAACAGAGGGGGAAUCUCUUGUAGCCAACAUAGCUCUUGUAGAAAACAAUGCCUCUGUGGCUGCUGGGAUUGCCCUUUGUCUGUCCCAACUUGAGAGUGGUGUCCCCUUAGAGCAGAUAGCCACACCCCCUCAGACAACUUCCUGUUCACUCCUGUCGUCCCCUGCUCUCAAGUCUGCCUUAGAGGACUCAGCCAACAAGUUGAAGAAAAACUUGCCUUCAGACAGUGUGCCCACAUGUGAUAAAAGUAAACUUUGUGGUAGGCCUAUUGUGAUUGGGUCGACUGUUGUGGAUUACAGUGUCCAAGUUAAUGACCCUAAAUUUCAGCUAAAUGGUGGCACAUAUCCAGGCAAAGUGUCGCAGUCCUAUGGUGGUGUAGGCAGAAACUUGGCUGAUUGUUUGAGUCGCUUAGAAUACAAUCCAGUUUUUUUAUCUGCAGUAGGAAAUGACUCACAUUCCUCUGCAAUGUCAGCCUUUUGUGGCCACAUGGAUCUGAGUUCAGUACAAAAAGUUCCAGAGAUGUCCACAGCCUCCUGCUAUGUCCUCCUGUCCCAGGGCAAGUUUCUGUUGGGUAUUGGGGACAUGGACAUCAACUUUAAAUUUGACAUUGAUCAUGUGAAAAAUUUUGAAUCUCUGCUUGAAUCAGCACCUAUUGUCGUGCUAGAUGGAAACUUUACGCCUCAAGUCAUUCACUCUGUUGUUACUAAAUGUGCCAAAUUUUCUGUACCAGUUUGGUUUGAGCCUACAGACCUGUUCAAAGCCAAAAUCCCAUUUGAAACAGAUGCCUGGAAAAAUUUAACCUUUAUAUCUCCUAAUUUGGGAGAGCUCAUCUCUAUGUACCAAAGCUUUUUAGCAAAGACGGGUCAGAAGGAGAUGGAAGUAAACAUUUCGGAGGAGUCCUCAAGCCUGGAUGAGAUUUUGGAGAUAUCUGUUCCCAUGUGCCGGCAUUUGGUCAAACACAUUCCAGUAGUUUUACUGACCCUAGGGCGCCAUGGUGUGCUACUCUGUCACAGUCUAGGCAACAUUCAGCAGUUGCUUCCCCUACCAUUAGACAACAGAAGCAGGAACACAUUCUCAGCUACAUAUUACCCAGGGUUCAGCAAGGACAUGGAACCUUCUAGAAUUGUUAGCGUCUCAGGAGCUGGUGAUUGCCUUGCGGCUACAGUUGUGGCUGGCAUGUUGGCAGGUGACCCAGCAGACGUGUGCAUCAAGAACGGCCUGUGGGCGGCCUACCUGUCCCUGCUGUCUGCCAGCGCAGUGCCGGACACCAUCACAAGGGCCAGCAUAAAGACGCAGACAGACUUGCCAUACGUGCCUCUAGAUAAAAGUUCUCUAUGCUAGAUCUUAUAUUAUUUUUUGGUUUCUUAGGGAUUCAUCAAUUUUACACAUGUUGGUUAGUGAUUUUGUGCUAUAUAUCAAUGUUGAAGUAUAGAUGCAAUAGACCUACUCUACAUAUCAGUAAUGAAGAAUAGGUACAAUGGACCUACUUGACCAUUAUUGAAGUAUAGAUGUAGUUGACCUAC